CAAACAACUAACAAGUGACGACACCUUAUCAAUACACAUUGAUACAGAACUACUCUUUGUUCUUAAUAAUAAUUAAUAAUAUUAAGAUAUCUAUAGAAGAUGGAACUAUCAACUAUAAUAUAGUAAAUUAUUAUUGUAGUAAUUUUAUUAUGGUGCUUCAGAAUUGAGAAUGCUCAAGAACACUUGAAAUGUAUUAAUUAGAAUUUAAUUAAAUUGUUUCCUAUUAUAAUACAGUCUAGUUCGAGUUUUGUGAAUAAAUUAAAUAACUAUUUGCUGCUUACAUUAUUGUUAUAUUGAGCAGUAUUAUGAUUGCCAAUUUUCAAUAAAACAAGCGAAGUAACAAGUUUGGUUGUAGCAAAUUAUUAUUUGGUUUUUGUUUCCAAAACAUCUUAUUCGUGAUUUGUUGUAUAUUAUGAUUUCUGAUUCAGUUCAAGGAGCUGUUAAAUGGAUUACAUAUACGAAUCCAGUCGUUACUAACUCAGUACAAGGGUUUAAUUCAAUGUUAAAUUGGGUUGGAAUAACAAGUUCUAGUGAAAAACAAAAAAUUAUGAAGAUAGAGAGUCAAAAUAUAUUUCAAAUGUUUGGAAAAAAUAUCUAUAUUUAUAAAAUGGCCGGCCUUUUAGGAGCAUCUGCUGUUAUAUUAGGAGCUUAUGGUGCUCAUGUUGUGGCUCAUAAAGCUAACCCUGAAGAAAUAAGAAAUUUUGAAACUGCAAAUCGGUAUCAUUUUUAUCAUACUUUUGCAUUAUUUGGUGUACCAUUUUGUCGUUUUCCUAGAAUUACUGGGGCACUCUUUCUUAGUGGUACUUUAAUAUUUUGUGGUACAUGUUAUUACAACGGACUGACAGGAGAUAAAACAUUCAACAAAUAUACACCCACUGGGGGUAUGUUGUUAAUUGCUGCUUGGAUGUCAAUGAUUCUUUAGAAAAUUAAUGCUUUUAAGUUUUUUUACCUGGAUUAUUAGUUAAAAAAGAAUAAAGAUUAUACAUAUUUAAUAAAAAGUUUGUCUAAUAUUGUUAAUAAUGAUAGGUGUAUGCGUUAUUGUUUGUAUUUAAAUUUAAAACAAUGUAUUCAUAAAAAUCAACUGGUUUAAAUAUUGUAAGAUUAUACUUGAUUUCAGUAAAUGAAAAUUAAAUAGGACUGGUAAUAUAUCAAUUAAUAUAUA